CGAGCGCGGGAGCGAGUCCACCGGGGUCCCCGAGGAGGGGAGCCCGGCGCGCUCGGUGCCUCCGCUAGGCCGCGCUCGAGCCCUUUGCGGCAGGCCGCGCCCCCGCCCCGCGCGGUGGGCUCGUCCAGGCGGGAGCUUAUCUUCGGCUUGGCGGGCUCCGGUGCUCACUGCACUCUGCUCUUCUUCCCGUGCUCCCGCGGCUCUCGGCUCUUCUCCGCUCGCCGCCAUGCCCUGCUCGGAAGACGCUGCCGCCGGCUCCGUGAGCAAGCGGGCUCGGGCCGAGGACGGCGCUUGUCUGCGCUUCGUGCGCCUCUCGGAGCACGCCACGGCUCCCACCCGCGGGUCGGCGCGCGCUGCGGGCUACGACCUGUACAGUGCCUAUGAUUAUACAAUACCACCCAUGGAGAAAGCCGUUGUGAAAACAGACAUUCAGAUAGCUGUUCCUUCCGGAUGCUAUGGAAGAGUAGCUCCACGUUCUGGCUUGGCAGUAAAAUACUUCAUAGAUGUAGGAGCCGGUGUCAUAGAUGAAGAUUACAGAGGGAAUGUUGGUGUUGUGCUGUUUAAUUUUGGAAAAGAGAAGUUUGAAGUAAAAAAAGGUGAUCGGAUUGCACAGCUCAUUUGUGAACGGAUCUUCUAUCCGGACUUGGAAGAAGUUGAAACACUGGAUGUCACUGAAAGGGGCUCCGGAGGCUUCGGCUCCACUGGAAAGAAUUAAAAAUGUGCUUCAAGUGUUUCGCUGUUUCAACUGCAAAGAGGAGCUUUAGUUCUGGUAGUGUUUCAUGUUCUAGGACACAGGAAAGAGGACCUGUUACAUCACAUUGGAACUUCUCUCUUCUGCAAGUGGUGGUCACCCGUAAAUCUGCAUUGUGAGACAUGCAGACAUGCAGACUUGGUAAAAAUAAGUGUUCAGUUGAGUUUUUCUAUUGCAUUAUUUAAAUUAUAGUCCGAGCUACUGGUUUUGCUCUAAUUGCUUUCUCAGUUGUAAGGUUUUUUGUUUUUUGUUUUUAUUCAAUAAAGUUGAAGUCUUUAGCAGA